CAUAAACCAGAAGACCUUUGCAUUUCCAUUUCCUAACCAGAGAAGGUUAAAGAUGUCAGGUAUAUCAAAGAAAGAGCUCCUCCUAGUUGCACAAAACUAUUAUGGUACCAUCCUGGUUGCACUGAUUGCCAUUGGAUUAACAUAUUUUCUAUCAAAAGCUUGGACAAGGGUCUCCCCCCGCAAAGCUCACAACAUCCCUGGUCGGCUGGGAUUACCUUUCCUAGGUGAAACCAUGUCCUUAUUGUCAGCUACUGACAGCACAAAAGGAUGCUAUGAGUUCGUUAGACUCCGGCGACUAUGGCAUGGGAAGUGGUUCAAGACAAGGAUAUUUGGGCAGAUCCACGUGUUUGUUCCAAGCGCUGAGGCUGCACGGACAAUUUUUACUAGUGAAUUUGUUAAAUUCAACAGGGGAUUUGUCAAAUCCAUGGCAGAUGCAGCUGGGGAGAAGAGCUUAUUUAAUGCACCGCAGGAGACCCACAAAAGGAUUAGGCGUCUCCUGUCUGAUCCUUUUUCCAUGAAUUCUUUAUCCAAGUUUCUUAAAAAAUUCGACAAGAUGCUAUGUCAAAGGCUUAACGAAUUAGAAGAAGCUGGGAAAAGUUUUAAGAUGCUUGACUUCACCAUGAAGAUGACCUUCGAUGCAAUGUGCGACAUGCUGAUAAGUGUUACGGAGGAUUCCUUGCUAAGGCAGAUUGAAAAUGACUGCACAGAUGUUUCCAAUGGCAUGUUAUCCUUUCCAGUGAUGAUUCCUGGCACCAGAUACUACAACGCCAUCAGGGCACGGAAAAGGCUGAUGGAAACCUUGAGAGAGCUGAUUGCACAAAGGCGGAAUGGAAUGGAGUCACCUCAAGACUUUCUGCAAUCAAUGCUGCAAAGAGAUUCAUACCCACCAGAUGAAAAGCUCGAUGAUUCAGAGAUAAUGGACAACCUGGUGGUCUUGCUAAUGGCGGGGCAGACCACCACUUCAGCAGCCAUGAUGUGGAGCGUCAAGUUCCUGGAUGACAACAGAGAAGCGCAAGACAAGCUCAGGGAGGAACAAAUUUCAAUAGCCAGAAAUAAGCCAGAAGGAGCAUCACUUACCCUUGAGGAUCUGAACAGCAUGCCCUAUGCUUUAAAGGUUAUGAAAGAGACACUGAGAAUGUCCAAUGUCUUGUUGUGGUAUCCUCGUGUCGCAGUUAAUGACUGCACAAUUGAUGGUUUUAAGAUAAAGAAAGGAUGGCAUGUAAACAUUGAUGCAACUUGCAUUCACUAUGAUCCAGAUUUGUACGAGGAUCCUAAGCAAUUCAACCCCUCAAGAUUCGAUGAAAUGCAGAAGCCAUACAGUUUCAUACCUUUCGGGUCGGGACCAAGGACAUGCUUAGGAAUAAAUAUGGCAAGAGUGACGAUGCUCGCCUUUUUUCACCGACUGACCAGUGGAUACAAGUGGACAGUGGAUGAUUUAGAUUCCUCCUUGGAAAAGAAAAUGCUUGUGCCUCGACUCAGAAGUGGUUGUCCAAUAACUUUGAAGGCCAUCAACAAGAAGCUUGAAUCUUCUGGGACAGAGGAGUUCGCUGUGCCUCCUGUGCUUCAGAGGCAUGGAUCAGAAAAGAGAAAUGUGUAGGCAGUAUGUUCCAUAGAGGUUCUGCCAAUGUUGCAAAAGCAGCAAAACCUGAACUGAGCUGCGUCUAGAAUUAUCUGUGUAUCCAUAAAUAAUGCUAGUUUCUAGCUUCCCAAUAAAUAUUGACGCCACCU